AUGCAGGUGUACUCUCUAGUAGCGCUCCUAUUCGCUGCGUCUGUCCGUGCGGUGUCGUUGGACACCUCGAGCAAGAAUUCCAUUUGUGAUGCUGCCGCUUUGAUUGCCAAUGGUGAAUGGAACUAUUAUGAAGGGCUCAAGUAUGGUGGUACUAUCGGGAUGUUCACGUACCCUUACUAUUGGUGGCAUGCCGGUGAGGCUUUUGGUGGGUUGAUAGACUUCUACACCUUUUGCCAGCCCUCCAACGACACACUUUACAGGCUUAUUUACAACGGGAUGUACGAUCAAAGAGGUCUGGCGAACAAUUAUAUCCCAGCCAAUCAAUCAAUGACUGAGGGGAAUGAUGAUCAAGGGGUCUGGGGGUUGGCCACCAUGGGGGCCGUCGAAAGGAACUUCACCGACCCAUCCGACGUCAGUUGGUUGGAACUCACACAGGCGAUCUACAACACAAUGAAUGCCCGUUGGGACACCUCCACGUGUGGAGGGGGCCUCAGGUGGCAAAUCUUCACCUGGAACUCCGGGUACGACUACAAGAACUCCAUUGCCAACGGGUGUCUUUUCCAUAUUGCCGCCAGACUCGCAAGGUACACGGGGAACGACUCAUACGCCCAGACUGCGACGAAAGUCUGGGACUGGAUGGAAAACGACGUCCAGUUCAUUUUGCAGGACACCAGCAGUAGCGGGAAGGAGGAAUUGGUCAUCUAUGAUGGGGCCAAGAUCGCCAACAACUGCGGAGUCAUCACCAAGACCAAGUGGUCGUACACCUACGGGAUCUUCAUGGCCGGAUGUGCGUACAUGUACAACUACACGGCCGAGAACGGGACUGAUAGUGAGCUGAGCGUAUGGUUAGAACGUACCAAGGACAUCUUAGUCUCUUCCAACUAUUUCUUCAACAACUCCAUCAUGACCGAGAUGUCGUGUGCCCCUGGUGACCACUGUAACAACGAUCAACGUUCUUUCAGAUCGCUUUUCUCCCGUUGUUUGGCCUUGACAGCUGUCAUGGCCCCAAGCACCUACGACGACAUCCAACCAUUGCUCGAGAAGAGUGCCGUUGCUGCAGCACAAUCCUGUUCUGGUGGUAGUGACGGCGUCACGUGCGGGGAAAACUGGUCAGUCAACGGAUGGGAUACAAAGUUCGGCCUUGGAGAACAAAUGUCUGCCUUGGAAGUGAUCCAGGGGCUCUUGGGACUGACCUCUGCCGUGGCUGCUCCGUACACUUCAACAAACGGAGGGUCUUCCAAAUCGAACCCUGACGCGGGGUUGGAUUCUUCUAUUCAAACAAAUAACAACGUUAUCACAGUCAGCCAGAAGGAUAAGGCCGGUGCAGGUGUUGCUACGGCGUUUUUGUUGGCAGCCAUUCUUGGAGGAGCCAUCUGGAUGGUACUUUAG